AUGACUGGCCUUAUCGGAAAGCUUGCGCAGGGCGUCUCAGUCGGAAUCGGCCUCGCUGGCGAGAAAUACCAUGAUCGAAAGGACCGCAAAGCAGCAUUGGCAGAACAAGAGCGAGGGGAAUCAAGUCGUAAUACCGAUGAUGAUGCAAACGAGAAUCCGCCAGAAGUCAACGGGAAGUCGCUUGAAGAUGAAGAGACGGCUAACGAGGAACGUAUGUGGGCGCUAGACGAAGCCGCAGGCUCUCCUCCAUCGUACGAGGUUAUCACCUCGAAUUCCGAUCAGGCCAUCGCGGAGCUCGCACAUACCGUUGCUGAAGCGAAGAACCACCAAACACAGAUACACAACGGAGAAGUGUCGCGACUCCCUAAUCCCGUGAUUAUACCACAGAGGCGGCCGGGCUCGAAAGCGAGGGGAUGGACGCGUGCAUAUGCUCCGGAUUUGGAGCCACUGGGCAUCGACCAGGACACUUUCAUGAAGUUUCUGGAAAGUUGGGACAAAUCUGCGCAAGGAUCGCCUUGGUUCAAGGCAGUCUCUUUGACAGCGGGAAUCGUCGGCAUGGCAAUGCCAGGACCGAUAGUAAUGGGUGUCACCACUGCUGUGUCGAUUGCUGCUGAAGUUGGUCACGAAAUACAGGGCAGGGCUAGAUCAAACACCUUCCUGGACCAAAUGAACAAGGAUGUCUUUAUGCCUGCGGGACUCUAUGCAAUGGUAAUAAUCUGCAAACAAGACGCCAGCGUCACUGGCGGCAUCCAGCUCGGCAUGGAGACUGUGAACUUCGAAAACGCUAAAAAUGUUUCAAAAUGGGGACUUCCUGGGGAUUCCCCCGCGUCGAAAUCUGCAAAGUUCACUCGUCCCCUUCGCAUAGCAUCCGGCAAAGCAAACGUUGAUGAGAUGCCGCUGGAGAUCGCACCACUUAUCUAUCCUGGUCUCGACGAUAUGGUGAAGCGCCCGGAGCUCAAACGUGAUGAAAGUUUCAAGGAGAGAAUGAUGCGCAAUAAGGACUUUGUUGCGGAUUACUUCGACCGACGGGCGCAGGCAAAUUUCUCGGGGAACAAUCCGGAUGCAGCUCUCACGAAGGCACACGGGGAGGCACCAGAAUUCAAGAAUCGCUUUGCAGAUCCGAACAACGCCUGCAACAAUGGACACCUAGUGUCCCUUGUGACAGGUGGAAAGGUUGUUGUGGAAGGCCGUGGACUACUUGGCAUGCGCGGUGCAGGUGGCCGUGGAGGUGGUCGCCAACGUGGCGGACUUCUUGGAAGUGCGCUUGCAGCAGUCGAAAGUCUUCAAGAGGGUGGUGUUGGUGGCAGAAGCAGAAGCAAUGGCGGAAGCGGUGGUCUUCGCAGCGCACGCGAAGGUUUGCUUCCUGGCCGCGAACGCGGAAGUUCCACAGCAUACGACUACGAUGACGACUAUGUGCAUGGCAGGAGAGGCCCCAGCCGUCUUGACCAGCUCAGACAAAUCCGUGGUUCUCAAUUCCGGGAAGUUGGCGAGGACGGCAAGCUAUUGCCUAAAGCGAAGCAACCAGCAAAGCAGCCUAGAGGACCAAUAGAAUAUGCUAUGAAGGGUGUGAAGAAAGCCCUCAAGCCGGAUGUCAUGUACCUGACCAUAGUAAACUUGCCGACACAGGAGGAGAUGGAGAUGGCGAGAGAAGCGUUGGGCAUGGAUAAGAAGAGUUGGCAAGAAAUCAUCGAGGAAAUCCGAAGAAGAUGA